AAUUGUACACACACUCUAAGCUAACGACUUCUAUAAUAAACCCAUCAAUUUUCAUUUAUUUAUAUAUUUUUUGAACUGUAAUCAAAUAACUACCCAUAACUUCCCUCCAAAACUUCAAAAACCUACAACCACCACUCCAUGCAACCCUUUUACCCACAAAUAAUGUCUUCAUCUUUAACCAUCUUCUUCUCCAUCUUCUUCGCCCUCAUUAGCUUCGUCUCCGCCAUCACCGAAUACACCGUCGGGGACGACAUGGGAUGGCGGAUCCCCGCAGCCAACGAAACCGAACUCUACAACGUAUGGGCAUCCAGACGCCGGUUCUACGUCGGUGACUCUCUCCGCUUUCGUUACACUUAUGACUCACUGGUGAUUGUUGACAAAUUCGGGUUUUACCACUGCGAUUCAAGUAAGGCGAUUCGUUAUUAUAACGAAGGUGAUGACGUGAUCGUUCUUUAUAUGCCGGGUUGUAUGUAUUUCACUAGUGGUGAGGCUGAAGAGUGUAAACAAGGGUUGAAGAUGGCGGUUCAAGUCUUGAAUUCCGGCCCCAAACCGGAGUUUCCGCCUCCGCCCACAUUCAAUCCGCCUCCCCCGCCGCCUCCGCCUCCCACAUUUGAUCCGCCUCCGCCGCCCACGUUUGAUCCGCCUCCGCCUCCACCGCCCACGUUUGAUCCGCCUCCCCCGCCUACGUUCAAUCCUCCACCGCCUAGGAUUGAUCCGCCUCCGCCCACAUUCGAUCCUCCUCCGCCCGCAUUUGAUCCGCCUGAUGAUCCGGAUCCGGAUUAUCCUGACCCUGGACCGGAUUACCCUGACCCUGGUCAAGAUUACCCCAAUCCUGGACCGGAUUACCCGGAUCCUGGGCCGGAUUACCCGGAUCCUGGGCCGGAUAAUCCUGAUCCGGGCAUGCAUCCGGUGCCGGAAUCGAGUCCGGCACCUUCUCUGUCAGAUUCAGUUAUAUCAUUUGUGGUUUUUUAUUUUGUAACUGCUUUUGUUGUUGAUUUUGGGUUGUGGGAUUUGGAGGUAUAGGUGUUUUUAGUUUUUGGUUUUUUGUUAUGUGUUUAUAAUUUGAAUUCUUGGAUUAAUUUUGAAGUGUAAUAUAUUGUAAGUCGUGUACCCGUUCUUGAAUUGUAUGUAAAUUGAUA